GAAGAUUCACAGCAAUAACCUCAAAAACGAUUUGUUAUUUGAAUACAAAGAUUCAUUUUUCAUCAAAGAAUUUAAUUAUUGACUGACCAUGUCAGAUUAUGAUAAAAGCAAAUCUUCCAAAAAAAAAUUCCAUCCUACAAGAAUUAAGGAGUCUUCCAGCCAUGGAAGAAGUUUUACCAGCAGUAAAACAGAAAGUAUCACUUCAUUGAACUUCGGCAAAGAAUCAGCGAAAGAAUCUUUCAUCACUGAUCCAUCUAUUAAAAAGCAACCUACAAUAUUAUUGAAAACUAGAGAACAUCCUGUUGAAGAAAUAGCAGCGUCUCCAAAACGAGGUACUCACAGAGAAGAACAUGUCAAUAUUUCUAUAGCUUCAUCAUCAAGGGACAGUGAAGCAAAUGCAGUUCCAACACUGAAAUCAAUGGUCAAAUCUAUGAAAUUGAUUGACGAUGGAGUUCUUUGUAGCGAUUCCUUACAAGAUUUUGUAAACGACAAUAAUGAAUUUCUUAUUGUCGGUAUUGUUGGUGCAAAUGGUGUGGGAAAAUCAACCGUUAUGAAUUUACUUGCGCAUAACCAGAUAACCGAAGAUAUAAAAAAAUAUAUUUUCAAGUCAAAUAAGUCAACAGAGGAUCGCAGUGGAGACAUAAAAAUUUUAACUGAGCACCUAGAUAAAAUUGACUUGAGAAGUGAAUCCAAAAUGAAGAAGGAAAUAUUCAAAAUUGAAACAGUUGAAGAUAUUGAAAACUGCUACAACAGAACACAAGGGAUAGACAUUUUCAUCACUUCCAACAGGUUGAUCCUUUUGGACUGUCAACCAUUUGCAUCGGUGUCUGUACUGGAAGAGCUGAUCAAGAGUGAAAGCAAGAGAACAAAUCUCGUCAGCGAAUUCAUUCCGCUGGAAAAUAGUGGAGAGAUUCAAGGACUACAACUAACAUCUUUUUUGAUGUCUGUGUGCCAUGUUUUGAUAUUGGUACAAGACUGGUUUUUUGAUAGUAAUGUGGUAAGAUUCAUUCAAACGGCUGAAAUGCUGAAGCCAACCAUUCCCAAUCCAGAAGAUGAAUUAACUGACUACUUUCCGCAUCUUUUACUAGUUCAUAACAGGGCCCAAAUAGAAGACUUUUCCCCUUCCAAGUUCAAAACUAUGCAAGAAGUCUACAAGAUGUUAUUUCAUAAAUCAAAGCUCAACUUGAAAUCUGGUUUGGGUUUGGGAACGGGACGACUGAUCCAUUAUCUGAAUACUGAGAACUGUGGCGAUUCCAUUAAUUUAUUCCUGAUCCCGGACAUUGAUAUAAAUUCUGAUAUUAUUUACACUGGCCAUCCACCACUCGAAGACAUUGUGAAGAAGCUCAGAGCAAAUAUUUUGGGUUCUACCAGAAAUCCUCUCACCCACGUUCAGUUAACAGAGAAAACAUGGUUGAUUUAUUGUACCAAGGUGUGGGAUACUGUGAAGAAAAGUUCAUUCUUUGUUGAAUAUACAAAACUAAUGCCGUGAAAACAAGGACUGAAAAAAGGAGAGUAGAUCACAAUAACUGUUCCGAGUUAUUGUGAAGAACUAGAAGUGUGAAAGUAAUGCUUCUGGCAUAUUUUCGGUUGGGUGAGAUGAAAAUCUUCCAGCUUGUAUUGUCAGAAGUACAAUUUAAAUUGUGACACAGGUAGGAUGAUGAAGGUUGGUAUGUGAUGGAAUCGACAGAUACUUGAUGAAAAUCAUUAACGUGUUCAAGAAACAAUUGAUUGUGAGAUUUCCACUACACAGUUUUACAAAAACGCAACAGGUGUUUCGCUAUACAAUAGUUUCUUCAGGCGUGUAUAUACUGUAUAUAGCAUAGCAAAACACGCGUUGCAUUUUUGUGAAACUGUGAAGUGAAAAUCUCACACAGUGUUUCUUGAAGAUGAAGGUUGGAUUAUUCUUAUUGUGUUGGUAAUCUUCACUUGUAUGUUGUUACAAAUGAAAGUUGAAUUUCUUAUUUGUAUUAUGAAAAUUACCAUUUCAUGACUAAGUUAUAUUUUUGAUGAAAUUUAAUCAACAUCUUUUUUGUUGAAGAGUCCAGACUUACCAAUAUUCUUACCUUAAAUUUGAAUGUUUUUAUGUCACUAGAAAAACAUUUUUGAAAUUAAGCAAAACAAUAAACGAAUUUUCAAUUCUA